AUGUUCAAGAAACGGGUUGUGAAAGCUGGUAAGGAUUCGAACAAAAGACAGAGGUUAAAAGAUGCACUGCAAACGCCAGGUUUGUCUGUGAAAGAGAAAGAUUCAAAUACACGUCGGGACUCGUCGUCCAGCUCAUCGCUUGGUCAAAAUCGGCAAGAAAAGGAGGAUGUUGAGGAAGAAAGCAGGAAUGAAGACUGGGGGGAGAAACUCAAUAACGAACAACACAUAAUUAACGAUAAGACCGCAGAAAGUGCAUCGAUCUCGCUUUCAAGGCUGGACCCUGCGAAGCAAAACGCGAACAACACGAAAUCGACACUUUACAUGGACUACCAGCCAGAUAUCUGCAAAGAUUUCAAACAAACCGGUUACUGUGGUUAUGGCGAUAGCUGCAAGUUUCUGCACGCAAGAGACGACUUCAAAGCUGGCUGGAAACUCAGUCAGGACUGGAAAAUCGAUUUUAACGAAGAAGAAAUCAAAAAUAUCGAAGAAAUCCCUUUCAAGUGCGUUAUAUGCAAGCAGGACUAUUCCAAUCCUAUUGUGACUAAUUGCAAACACUACUUCUGCAGCGCUUGCUUCAUGGACAGAGCCAAAAGUACAACAAAAUGUUAUGUCUGCUCGCAGGAUACGGGCGGAGUAGCUCGUGUUGCGAAAGACCUCCGCAACAUACUGCAGAAACGUAAAUCCUGA